CAGCUGAGUUCAUGCAAUUCUGCGCUUUUCUAGCUGCUGAACCGAUCAGGUGUGGAGCUUCAUGUGCAGAUUUGUGUUCAUUUCCGUCGUCGUGCUGGAAGUUCGUGUAUGACUUUAUUUAUAGUCUUAAAUGCCUUUGGAGGCGCAGGAUAAAAUGGAUAAUUCAGGAGUGUCCUGUGCCACUCUGCAUAGGCUCAAGGCUCUAAUGAAGAUGGGGCUGUGUAUGGUGUUGGUGGGCCAUUUGAAUUUCCUGUUGGCGGCCCUUGUCCAUGGCACAGUUUUGAGGCAUAUCGGCCAAAACACCCAGACGCUGGAGUAUGCUAUCUCCAACAUUUUGGCUCUAACAGCCGGCCUCGUGGGAAUCUUGGUUGGAAUCCUCACCAUAGUCCUUUCUAGAAAUGAGAAGAACAAAGUUCUGUCAUGGUGGGUGUGCGUGCUGAGUGCAGUAGGGGGCGUGCUGGCUGCUGCAUCAGUCGUUGGGUUGCUGGUCGCUUUGGUUUGGACUCUAAUUAAUGGUACUAAAGGCCUUCUGCUCAACUGCAACUUACCUGACAACAUGAGCUACUUCAGCAUCACUUAUGAGUGUCCCUUUGACCCCACACGCAUUUAUGGAACCACUCUGAUCCUGUGGGUGCCGCUGAUUGUGACGAGUGUGGUGGAGUUGGUGGUCUCCGGGCGCUGCUGUGCCGCCUCCAUCUCUUUCAUCCGCCGUAAAACAAGAAUAUACUGCGAGACUAGAUCGGUGAAGACCCUCAGAGCAGCUGUGCCCCCAGUGCUCCCCUGCCAUGUCCCACCACCCCUCCGUUACCAUGGAGACCGUGAGCUGAUGCGCCCCCCAGAACAGCACGAGCUGCUGCGAGCAUCACGGCCCUACAGCUCGAGCCGCUCGGCACAGAUCAGAGCGGCCUCGUCUCAAUUCAACAGAGCCUCAGUCAACAGGGCCAGCUUCUGGAUCUAAUUAUGAGCUUUUGUAUUACACUGACCAAACUCGGUGCUACUUGAACAGAGGUUUGGAAGGAAAUUAAAUUGGAGUGUGCAUGUAAUUGUCUGUGCACAAGUGCUGCCUUCCACACGAGUUUACUGAUAAAAUUUGCAGUCCUUGGCGGCUGGUCUGAAUUGAAAAAAGCACCGUUAAAGUACUUUUCUUGAAGGGAGGAAGACAGGCAGGAUGGACAAGCUUAGUCUGCCUUGUGUGUGUGUGUGUUUGUUUGUAUGUGUGUUUUUGAUAAAUAAUUGAACCUUGAAUAAUGUGCAGAAAAUUACAUGCUAAACAGAUUAAAGUAUUAAUUUCAGGUGAAUUUUUUUUUGUCUUUUGAUAACCCUGAUGU